CAGCAGGCGGUGCCAUUGCAGUGCUGGAAACUGGAGAAGACAGGGAAGAAGGGAGAGAGAGAGAAAAAAAAGGACAGGGUCUCUAUCUCUGGCACACACACACAUAGGCACACACGCGCACGUAUAUAUAACCACCACCCAGCCUUGCUUCGCAUCCUGAGCUCGCACAAGCCAGGCCAAGCUGCAAAACAAGGGGAUGAGAUGUUGAGCCGGGAGCCGGCUUUGGAGCUGCUGUCUCUCCAAACCUCUGGAGGCCACAGGGCUUGAAGCGAGCCGGAAAGGAGAUUGUUCCAGUCACAGCUGCACCUUGCCAAGAAGGAAGGAAGAAAGGAAGGAAGGAAAGCCACAGCUGAAAAGCAUUGCCUGGGUCGGAGGGCAGGAUGGAGAUCAUCGACACAAGUACAAUCCAGCAGGACAGACUGCAAGCUAUCGCGGAGAAGCGGAAGCGCCAAACAGAGAUUGAGAACAAGCGGCGGCUGCUCGAAGAUGACCGGCGGCAGUUGCAACACUUAAAGUCAAAGGCUUUGAGGGAGAGGUGGUUGCUGGAAGGGGCCCCAUCAUCCACAGCCGAGGAAGGAGAGGCCAUGAAGAAACAGAUGGAGGAGGACGAUUUGAAGGCCAAGGAACUGGAAGAGAGCAUCCAGAGGUUAGAGAAAGAACUGGAGCAGCUGGAAAACGGCAUCUCGGCCUCAUCCACCAAAGAGAGCGUGGCCGAGGAGACCGCCAAGGAGGAGAAGCUACAGCUCACCCCCAAGACUCCGCUGGGCUCGGCCAAAGCCGGCAGCAAGGCCUCCAACAGCCCCGCGAAACUGGCGGACGGUGGGAUGAUGAAGGCGGCUAUGUACUCUGUGGAGAUCACUGUGGAGAAAGACAAAGUCACGGGGGAGACCAAGGUCCUUUCCAGCACCACUAGACUUCCCAAAGACCACUCAGUUCAGGGGGUCAAAGUGUACGAGGACGAGAUGAAAGUGGUCCACGCAGUCCGGGCUGAGGACGGGGCCCUCGAGAAUGGCCUCCACCAGCUCAGCUCCUCUGAGGUGGACGAGCUCCUCCACAAGGCUGACGAGGUGACCCUGAGCGAAGUCUCAGAGAAAGGAAAGGACCCGGCCAGCCAGAAGGCCACCCCCCGGAAGGAGAUCACAGGUGUCCAGGCCAAAGCGGUGGAGAGCCCCAAACUAUCGGCGUCCGGUGAAGGCCCCGAGCCCAGCAAAGAGCAGCCAGUCACCAUGAUCUUCAUGGGCUACCAGAAUGUGGAAGACGAGAACGAGACUAAAAAGGUGCUGGGCCUCGAGGGGACCAUCAAAGCCGAGCUCGUGGUGAUAGAAGAUGCCGAGAACAAGCCAGCCACAGGGAAGGACCAAGCACCACCCAACGGCACCGCAGUGGAAGCUGCCACGGCCGCCCUGCAGAAGGAGGAAGGCCGAGCUGGGGAGAAGCAGCCAGCCUCCAACGACACCGAGCCCAAAGGAGCCGGGCAAGACCUCGACACCAAGAAACAGCGCUGCAAGUGCUGCUCGGUGAUGUAAGAGGUACCCUGUGGCCCAUCAGGACUGUCUUCCCCUCGACGACGCCUCUAUGGUUACUUCCUGCGUUCUACAAACUCCUUGGUUUUCAAGAGUUCUUAUUUUUACUUAAGGGUCCGCGCCGUUCAUGCCCCCUUGGUUCCUCCAGAAAUUCUCCUUCUCUCUCUUUCUCCUUUUGAAUCAAAAAGCACUUAAUAUCCAAAACGACACAGUGCUGCCAUCUCUGGUUUCCCUGUUGCCUGCCUUUGAUAUCCUUACCUACGUAAUGUAUUUCUCCCCAUAAAUGAAAAACAUGUGAAAUAUUACAUUUA